AUGGCGACAACAGAGGGACUCGAGCCCCCUCGGACCCGAAGAAAUAGUAAUAGAAACAUACUUACAAGGAUCAGACAUGGUCAAAUCAAUGGCUGGGGAAUUUGUCGAAGCUCAGAGGUAAAAUACACAUUUAGAAAUCCUUGGUAAAAGCCGAAAUUACGAGGGUUUGUGACGGAGAAAGCCAGCUAGCUUGCUUGCUGACGUUAGCUAGCUAGGUUGAUAUAGCUAGCUACGUCUAUUUAAACGGAACGCUGUGCCUAGCUAGCGUAGCUAGCAAACGGCUAGCUAAAGUAGUGGAAUUGUAUGUAGGUAGUCAUUUUAUUAGCUAGCUAACUAGUUAAUAUGCUAGCUACUACGUUAGCUACUUAACUAAGUUGGAUGGCUUCAUUGUAGCGGACUAAACUCCACUCAAUGGUGAAUGAAGUAAAAUAAACUUCCUUCACCGUGGAGUUUAAGUCCGCUAGCUUCCUUGCUGAUCACUAUGGAAAAGUUAUCACAGCAACCCCCCCCCAAUUUUUUUUUUAUAAAUCGCGAUCUAGCUAGCUAACGUUAGGUGGCUACAGCUAUCAUAUUUUAACAUCAACUGGUGUAGCCCCUCAAAUCAGGGCAAUGACGCGUGUGUGUAUAUCUUGUCUGUCUAAUAUACACUCAGAGGGGGAUAGCUGAUUUAUGUACUGCAUUUUCCCUAUCCUUGACAAGUUCUUGUUCCUAUGGUGUUCCCUCCUUGUCCUCAGAUGUCUGAGGCCCUACUUCAGGAGAGGGACCAUCAGGCCCAGUGGCAUGGGAUUCCAGUGAUGCUGCAGAAACUGUAUGACAGCAGUCACCUUAACAGUGACCUCUCCCAGAUCCACUCCAUUAUCAAGGUGCAAUAAUAACUCUUCCCUGACCUCAGUCAGACCUCAUUGGAGCGGUAAUGACCCUCUUUAGAGGCGAUGGGUUCGUGCUUGUUUUUCCCGUGGUAGCUGUGAUGGUAUUUGCUGUUGAGCUGAUAGGUGUGGUGUUCAUGAUGUGUUUGUGUUCUCACUGUGGUGUGGUAGGAAGUGGCAUCUUUUCUCUCCAUGGAGGCAAUGUCGUUUGUGACAGAGGACAGGAGAACAGCACAGGAGUCCACCUAUCCUAACACAUACACCUUUGACCUCUUUGGAGGCGUUGAUGUGAGUCUCCAACAUGUUGACACAGGCAUAUAGAACCGACGGUCUUGUCAGUGACCAUAUUUGCUGUGUCAGGGUUUUAAUUUCUACUUUGUCCUCAGUUACUAGUGGAGAUUCUGAUGAGACCCACCCUCACCACACGGACCAAUUUCCCUAAAAGUAAGCCAUAUUACAUUCCUGGGUCAUAGUUUUGCAAAUGUGAGGAACCAAUUUUUUCAUGCCUUGAAUAUAUUCUAACAUAUAUGUUCUCAUUGCAGUGAGUGAUGACCUCGUCAAGGAUUGUUUAAGUGUUCUGUACAAUUGUUGUAUAUGUGUAAGUAUCAAAAAAAAAAGUGUUUGAAUGCAUGUAAGAAAUACAGAAAUCAUCCCUGUAUGAUGCCAAACGCAAUAUCAUAUGAAAGUUACAUAUCUUGAAAACUUGAUUGUUGACAAGCAAAACAUUUUGGGACUAUGUCAACAAUGGACUAAUGAAACAAAUACAAAAAUAUAGUUUUUGGGUGGAGUUUUCCUUUAACACUGUCUGACAGGAUGAUGUCCACCCUCUUUCCUUUCUUUUAGUCAGGGAAGGUUAAUCAUGAGCUUUCCCUCACUUUCAGAUGGAAGGAGUCACUAGAAGUCUGGCAUCACGAGACGACUUUGUCAUGUUUUUGUUUACACUAAUGUCAAACAAGAAGACAUUUUUGCAAACAGCCACAUUGAUUGAGGACAUUCUUGGGGUCAGGAAGGUAAGGACGGCCUCAAAAUCCAUACUAUCACUGUCAGUCCUUACACAUUUGCUGAACUUUGAUCAUAUCAAACCGAACCCAAAUGCCCAAAAGAUUCACAAAAAACGUUAAUGAGUUGUUCCAUGUCAUUUCAGCAAGCCAUGACACCCACUAUUUUGUAUGAAAUGGUUUCUGUAGUUAGAAACAUCUAAGAAGCAUUCCAGAACCAUUUGUCCUGUGCCUAUUUGAAGUGGAAUGACCCCAAUAACCUGUACCUUCCACCUUCAUCUCUAUGCUCCAGGAGAUGAUCCAGCUGGAGGACAUCCCCAACCUGCCCAGUCUGGUCCAGAGCUUCAACCAGCAGCAGCUGGCCAACUUCUGCCGCAUCCUGUCAGUCACCAUCUCUGAGCCGGAAAUGAGCAACGAUGACAAGCACACACUGCUGGCUAAAAACGCCCAGCAGAAGGCCAACCUCUGCCCGUCCCACUCUGAAGUCAACCAGGGUAAGACAGGUCUCACCAUCAGACCAGGGAGAGAGAAUAGAAGGCAUUGCUUCAUAUGACUAGCUUUUUAAUGAAGAAAAUCCCUUGCAAAUGACUUGUCUCUCUAUUGCUCAACGAUGAAUGAGAUGAACAAAAUGAUGGAUUUGUACUCCUCAAUGUUUCCUUAGGACUCAGUUAAAGGGGAAAUCUGCAGUAGCUAUAUAUAUUUUUGGACUUAUAAAUUAAUGAUAUGUACCUAUUGAUUCUUGAAGAAUAUAACGUAUAAAUGCCUCAUGAGCUUAGUUCAACUGUCGUAUCCCAUCAAAACCCAAAAUAUAAGCUUGUUUUACUCCAAUGUUGGUGAACAAAGUAUAAUUUUGAUAUAAUGGAUGGUCAGUCCUUUCAUCCAUAGCUCUGUUUAUGAAUUUGAGAAUGGUUACAUUUCUCCAGCCCCAUGCUGCAGCUUUUUAGUGAAACAGUGGCGGGGAGUACGCUUUGUUAUUGUUUUGACUGCUGAUUGCCACUUUAAUGGGAAACAGUAAUUUGAUAAUCAAAUAAUCUGUUCUCUCACUGUGCACAGGGGUUAAAGUUCUCAGUCACUGUGACGGAUUUCCGUCAUAUGGAUGACGCAGGAGGUUUGACUAAACCAUUCUUUGGGGGGAAAUUAUUAUUUUGGGUUAAAGAAACACUCCAGGCCACACUUGAAUGUCUAAAACUAGAUAGGAAGUAUGUAGAAAUGAUAAUGGACAUAUAUAGUUUCAAAUAAUUGCCCUUUUUUGUCCCGCAAAUUGAUUUUGACAAACAAAUCAGUCAUAAUUGAAUUUGGAAAUCCCAAUGUGGCACGCGAGCUGAGAUGGACUUAAGUUGUAGUCAUGCAUGGGAUUUAUUUUUGCUUUAACCCCUGUGUGCAUCAGUGGCCCUGCUGAGCAUCCCGAGCUUCAUUGAGCGGCUGUGUAAACUGGCUACCAGGAAGGUGUCUGAGGCCUCGGGGGCAUCCAGCCUGUUACUGGAGCUUCAGGACUGGUACACCUGGCUGGACAACGCCCUGGUGCUGGACGCGCUUAUGCAGAUGGCCACAGAGGACGCAGAGCAGAGCAGCACAGGUCAGACCAAUAGAUAUACAUGCACUCUCCGUCACACGCCGUGCUCCAGUCAUCUGAAAUAUGCUUACAGUAUAAUGGACUGUCGUUCACAGUUUUCUUAGACAUCAGUAAUAUGGGUCAGAGUGUGACAGACUUUACAGUCACGCGUGAGUCGUCACUGUUUGCCGUUUUGAUCUCAAAGUAGGUCAUCCACGUGAAUGUAGAUCUGCAGGUGCAGAGUGUAUCACCCAUUGGGCUAUAGAAGUGCAACCUGAUCUUCUCCCUGUGUGAUCUCUAAAUAAAGGCGGAUGUUUCUGACUGAGCACAGAAUGCAUCCCUACGUGUCCUACAAAUAGAAUAGCAGAGUGUCAUAUCAGAAUGAGUGCUUCAUCAUCCAGUGUCCGGUGUGAGCAGCCAGCCACAUCCCCUAACCAGCCAUUAGCCUACUCAGCCGCUUCUCUCCAGCCACAUCCCCUAACCAACCAUUAGCCUACUCAGCUGCUUCUCUCCAGCCACAUCCCCUAACCAGCCAUUAGCCUACUCAGCCGCUUCUCUCCAGCCACAUCCCCUAACCAGCUGCUUCUCUCCAGCCACAUCCCCUAACCAGCUGCUUCUCUCCAGCCACAUCCCCUAACCAGCCAUUAGACUACUCAGCUGCUUCCCUCCAGCCACAUCCCCUAACCAGCCAUUAGCCUACUCAGCCGCUUCUCUCCAGCCACAUCCCCUAACCAGCCAUUAGCCUACUCAGCUGCUUCUCUCCAGCCACAUCCCCUAACCAGCCAUUAGCCUACUCAGCUGCUUCUCUCCAGCCACAUCCCCUAACCAGCCAUUAGCCUACUCAGCUGCUUCUCUCCAGCCACAUCCCCUAACCAGCCAUUAGCCUACUCAGCCGCUUCUCUCCAGCCACAUCCCCUAACCAGCCAUUAGCCUACUCAGCUGCUUCUCUCCAGCCACAUCCCCUAACCAGCCAUUAGCCGACUCAGCUGCUUCUCUCCAGCCACAUCCCCUAACCAGCCAUUAGCCGACUCAGCUGCUUCUCUCCAGCCACAUCCCCUAACCAGCCAUUAGCCGACUCAGCUGCUUCUCUCCAGCCACAUCCCCUAACCAGCCAUUAGCCUACUCAGCUGCUUCUCUCCAGCCACAUCCCCUAACCAGCCAUUAGCCUACUCAGCUGCUUCUCUCCAGCCACAUCCCCUAACCAGCCAUUAGCCUACUCAGCUGCUUCUCUCCAGCCGUUCUUUCUGCGCUUCUCCGUAAGUUUUCAAAUGUUAUUCAGCCGUGAUGGUGGACUGGGGUUGUGUAGACAGUGAUGCGGUUUCUGUUACAUUUGUUUAAUUAUCGGAGCGGCUCGCAGUGCGAGCGAAGUGGAUACAGAUCUUUUCAUUUCCUCUGUAAGAACAAGCAGGCCAGUCUGACUAGGUUGAGUACCACUGCCAUAGAGGGAAAAACGGAGCACAGAGACGGUCAUGCUUGUGCCUUUACAUGACUGAAAACUGCAAUUUUCUAGCCCAAACUACCAGAGCUACCUUCUCCCCUUUCUACCGCGAAUUGGUGCACAUUUUAUAUUUAUAAACCAUGGACGUUUUAAACUACUCGAGGGCUACUCAAACGACCUUGUUUAGUCAUGUUACCUGGCUAGCUAGCUAAUAACAAGGUAUAUUGCCUUAGGACUGCACAAUUAAUUAGUAUUAAUCUACUCGGUAUCGUGAUACUUGGCCUGGUGUCACAUCAUUAGUAAAAUAUUGGUAUUGUGACAACCUCACAAAAUAGGCAAAAAAAUAUCGUACAGUUUACAUAUUUUCUUGCAGUUCACAGAUUUUUUUUUCUCCACCUUUUUGGACCCUCGCCAGUUAGCAUUCCUGAAUCUUAAUGUGUUUCCGUACACUGUGCUCUUUCUUUCUCAGAGUCAUCAGACGAGAGCUCUCUGGCCACCAGUCCUCUCAGGCACAGUCUGCCCCAGUCCAUGAAGAUCGUCCAUGAGAUCAUGUACAAGGUGGAGGUGCUCUAUGUGCUCUGUGUGCUUCUCAUUGGCCGCCAGAGGAACCAGGUGAGACAGAUAUGUGGACUUUAGUUUACAACAGGAAAUGGCUUCCAUCAGUAACUGAGAUUGUAAAGUAGCUACUGUGCUUCUGCUGCUGCAUUGCUUGCCAUUUGGGGUUUUAGGUUGGGUGUCUGUUAAGCACUUUGUGACAACUGCUGAUGUAAAAGGGGCUUUAUAAACUGGGUGGUUCGAGCCCUGAAUGCUGAUUGACUGACAGCCGUGGUAUAUCAGACUGUAUACCACGGGUAUGACAAAACAUGUAUUAUUACUGUUCUAAUUACUUUGGUAACCAGUGUAUAAUAGCAAUAAGGCACCUCGGGGGUUCGUGGUAUAUGGCCAAUAUACCACGGCUAAGGGCUGUGUCCAGGCACUCUGCAUUGCGUCGUGCCUAACAACAGCCCUUAGCCAUGGUAUAUUGGCCAUAUACCACAUCCCCUCGGGCCUUACUGUUUAAUUAUAGAAUCCAUUUGAUUGUAAACAUAUGGUGCCUUGUAAACAGGUUCACAGAAUGCUGGCAGAGUUCAAACUGAUUCCAGGACUCAACAACCUAUUUGACAAGCUGAUCUGGAGAAGGCAGACGUCCACCCACGUCCUCCACGGCCAGAACCAGAACUGUGACUGCAGCCCGGUAAGAAGACCGCUCUGGGAAUGGGUUCAAUGGCGCUGUAGCACUAAGCACCUCUAUUGCAGCACUCACUGGUCCUCCUCUCUCGAUCACACACACAGGAGAUCUCCUUUAAAAUCCAGUUUCUACGACUACUCCAGAGCUUCAGCGACCACCAUGAGUGAGUUCAGUACAGACUGUAUGAAUUAAACUGUAUUGCUGGGGAAUUAGACACAUGACCUGAAACUGAGUUUGGUACCAUCAUGUUCAAUGACUCUAUCAUUUGGAUCAUGUCUGAACUUUCCUCCUCUCUCUCAGGAACAAGUAUCUCCUCCUGAACGCUCAGGAGCUGAAUGAGCUCAGUGCCAUCUCUCUGAAGGCCAACAUCCCUGAGGUGGAGGCUCUCGUCAACACGGACAGGUAGGGCUCUUAGUUAGGCUGGGGCACUGGGAUGGAGGACAUUUUUGUUUUUUCUGAAUUUGUCAAAUCCUGCAUUGCAUCUUUUUUCUCUUCUAUAUAGAAAUCUAAUCUGUGAUGGUAAAAAGGGCCUCCUGACACGGCUACUUUCAGUCAUGAAGAAAGAACCGGCCGAAUCCUCAUUCAGGUGAGUGUGUGUUUACUCCAGGAGUUAAUGAGUGAAACAUCAUCAGGUUAAGAAAGAGGAAGACUAGUGUCUCUGUGUGUAGGUUCUGGCAGGCGAGGGCGGUAGAGAGCUUCCUGAGAGGAGCCACCUCCUAUGCUGACCAGGUGUUCCUGCUCAAGAGAGGGCUGCUGGAGGUACAGAGGCUGUCGCCAAGCCAGUGAAGCCACACACACACACCUAUGAUAGAACCACCUUCAAGUAUUCAUUUAAAAACCUCCCAUUAAUCCCUCUCCUCUGUCCUUCCAGCACAUCCUGUUCUGCAUCAUAGACAGCGGCUGUAAGUCCAGGGACGUCCUGCAGAGUUACUUUGACCUGCUGGGGGAACUCAUGAAGUUCAACAUCGACUCCUUCAAGAGGUUCAACAAAUACGUCAACACGGAGGAGAAGGUAGGACACUGCCCAGGGGAGAGGCACUUCAAAGGAAUGAGGAUCAGGCCGAUGGAAAGGGGUUGAGUGCCGUCCAUUUUCUAGCUUAACCCUACAGAUCACUUCCGUAAUACAUCUUUGGUUUCAUUUCUGCUUCCUGUGUUAGUUCCAGACGUUCAUGACCCAGAUCAACAGCUCUCUGGUGGACUCCAACAUGCUGGUGCGCUGUAUCAUCCUGUCCCUGGACCGCUUCGAGAGCCAGACUGACGAUGUGAGAGGUAGGUCCAUCGAAAAUAGUCUUAGCCCUACUGGUGAGCACAUGUUUGUGGCUGUAGAAACGUGUUCACCCCCUAGAGUCGAUUGGCACACCGGUGCGUCAAUGUAAGUGGUGGUGUCCAUUUUGCUCUACGACUCAACAAGUGUCGGGACUCGUCUGAAGUCGGUACCAUCAACGUGCCAACUUCUGUUUGUAGCGUCCGAAUGGUUUGGGUUACAAACUAAUGUGACCCCACUGUGGAAAGUAGAGAUUCUCACAAACACUAUGUUGUUCUCCCUUUUGCUCUAAGACCCCCCACAAGUGUCACUGGACUCGUCUGAAGGUAACAGUACCAGUUGUAAAAAAUUAAUGGAAGUAUGAAGGUAGUUUUGUGCCAACCUAAAAAAUGGGUUAAAUAUGUGUAAAAAAAAAAAUAUAUUAUAUAUACACAGUGGGGGGAACAAGUAUUUGAUACACUGCCGAUUUUGCAGGUAUAUACAGUGGGGAAAAAAAGUAUUUAGUCAGCCACCAAUUGUGCAAGUUCUCUCACUUAAAAAGAUGAGAGAGGCCUGUAAUUUUCAUCAUAGGUACACGUCAACUAUGACAGACAAAUUGAGAAAAAAAAUCCAGAAAAUCACAUUGUAGGACUUUUAAUGAAUUUAUUUGCAAAUUAUGGUGGAACAUAAGUAUUUGGUCACCUACAAACAAGCAAGGUUUCUGGCUCUCACAGACCUGUAACUUCUUCUUUAAGAGGCUCCUCUGUCCUCCACUCGUUACCUGUAUUAAUGGCACCUGUUUGAACUUGUUAUCAGUAUAAAAGACACCUGUCCACAACCUCAAACAGUCACACUACAAACUCCACUAUGGCCAAGACCAAAGAGCUGUCAAAGGACACCAGAAACAAAAUUGUAGACCUGCACCAGGCUGGGAAGACUGAAUCUGCAAUAGGUAAGCAGCUUGGUUUGAAGAAAUCAACUGUGGGAGCAAUUAUUAGGAAAUGGAAGACAUACAAGACCACUGAUAAUCUCCCUUGAUCUGGGGCUCCACGCAAGAUCUCACCCCGUGGGGUCAAAAUGAUCACAAGAACGGUGAGCAAAAAUCCCAGAACCACACGGGGGGACCUAGUGAAUGACCUGCAGAGAGCUGGGACCAAAGUAACACAGCCUACCAUCAGUAACACACUACGCCGCCAGGGACUCAAAUCCUGCAGUGCCAGACGUGUCCCCCUGCUUAAGCCAGUACAUGUCUAGGCCCGUCUGAAGUUUGCUAGAGUGCAUUUGGAUGAUCCAGAAGAGGAUUGGGAGAAUGUCAUAUGGUCAGAUGAAACCAAAAUAGAACUUUUUGGUAAAAACUCAACUCGUCGUGUUUGGAGGACAAAGAAUGCUGAGUUGCAUCCAAAGAACACCAUACCUACUGUGAAGCAUGGGGUGGAAACAUCAUGCUUUGGGGCUGUUUUUCUGCAAAGGGACCAGGACGACUGAUCCGUGUAAAGGAAAGAAUGAGUGGGGCCAUGUAUCGUGAGAUUUUGAGUGAAAACCUCCUUCCAUCAGCAAGGGCAUUGAAGAUGAAACGUGGCUGGGUCUUUCAGCAUGACAAUGAUCACAAACACACCGCCCGGGCAACGAAGGAGUGGCUUCGUAAGAAGCAUUUCAAGGUCCUGGAGUGGCCUAGCCAGUCUCCAGAUCUCAACCCCAUAGAAAAUCUUUGGAGGGAGUUGAAAGUCUGUGUUGCCCAGCGACAGCCCCAAAACAUCACUGCUCUAGAAGAGAUCUGCAUGGAGGAAUGGGCCAAAAUACCAGCAACAGUGUGUGAAAACCUUGUGAAGACUUACAGAAAACGUUUGACCUGUGUCAUUGCCAACAAAGGGUAUAUAACAAAGUAUUGAGAAACUUUUGUUAUUGACCAAAUACUUAUUUUCCACCAUAAUUUGCAAAUAAAAAUCAUUAAAAAUCCUACAAUGUGAUUUUCUGGAAUUUGUUUUCUCAUUUUGUCUGUCAUAGUUGACGUGUACCUAUGAUGAACAUUUCAGGCCUCUCUCAUCUUUUUAAGUGGGAGAACUUGCACAAUUGGUGGCUGACUAAAUACUUUUUUCCCCCACUGUGUGUAUGUAUAUAUAUAUAUAACACACACACACAGUGGUAGAAAAAGUACCUAAUUAUCAUACUUGAGUAAAAGUAAAGAUGCCCUAAUAGAAAAUGGCUCAAGUAAAAGUGAAAGUCACCCAGUAAAAUACUACUUGAGUAAAAGUCUAAAAGUAGUUGGUUUUAAAUAUACUUAAGUAUAAAAAAUAAAUGUAAUUGCUCAAAUAUACUUAUACUUAAGUAUCAAAAGUAAAAGUAUAAAUCAUUUCACAUUCCUUCUAUUUUCUUGUUUUUAAAAUUUACAGAUAGCCAGGGGCACACUCAGACGUCAUUUACAAACAAAGCAUUUGUUUUUAGUGAGUCCGCCAAAUCAGAGGCAGUAGGGAUGAGCAGGGAUGUUCUCUUGAUAAGUGUGUGAACUGGACCAUUUUCCUGUCCUGCUAAGCAUUCAAAAUGUAACUAGUACUUUUGGGUGUCAGGGAAAAUGUAUGGAGUAAAAAGUACAUUAUUUUCUUUAGGAAUGUAGUGGGGUAAAAGUUGUCAAAUCUAUAAAUAGGAAAGUAAAGUACAGACUUAAGUAGUACUUCAAAGUAUUUUUACUUUACAUAACUGUGUGUGUAUAUAUAUAUAUAUAUAUAUUUCCUGAGCUUUCUUAUCUCGCUAGAUUUCGGACAAACACUUCAAAACCUUGUUUCUUACCAUUUAUCUUUUGACUGUCUUUUUUUGCAAUUUAUGAAUGUGUUAUUCAAUGCGUUUCUCUGGGCCAUAGUAGUAAAGGCCAAAAUCAAUAUUUUAUGAAAUAAUUCUAAAUCAAAUAGCUAAAAAAUCCAUAGUAUGACCAUCUUAAAACAAUUCCAUAUGUCAGUUUAGAACCCCCCCCCCCAGCUUAGACUUUUAAGAAUGAACCAGGCAGUCAUUGUAAAUAAGUAUUUAUUCUUAACUGACCUGAAUUGAACUAAAUAAAAAAUAAACACUUCAGUUGUUUUAGUCAGCCCACUGAAGCAUCAGGAGGAUUUGUGUGUGGCUUUGGAGUAGUGAAAUAUUCCCACUGGGCGCAGACGUCAGUUCAACGUCAAGUUUUGAUUUACAUUUGGUUGAGUUGUCAACUAAUGUGAAAUCAACGUCAUUGGAUUUAGGUUAAAAUAUGGGUUAAAAAAAGACAUUCCCUGACGUUGAUGACUUUUUGCAAAUCCAAUCAGUUGUCCACAUUGAUUCAAUGUCAUCACAUAGAUUUCUUUUUGGGUUGAAGUGACGUGGAAACAAGGUUGAUUCAACCAGUGGGUUACGUCUACUCUGGGCAUUCCUAGAAAUCCACCUCUGACUCCAUCUCUCUCUCUCUCUUUCCUGUAGUGGUGGAGGUGCUGGCAGAGUGCAGUCUGUUGUCCUACAUGGUCCGUGUGGAGAACAGACUGACUAUCCUCUUCAGGCUCGUCAACAUCAUCAACGUGCAGACGCUCACACAGGCAAGGAAACCCCCUAUUCCAUUCUCCGUUGUCAGUUUUACUCGGAUGCUAAUGACUGUCAUGCCAUUGCAUCCUCCUUCUAGCUAUCAGACUUCACAUUCCUGUAUUUCUUGUUUCUCAUAUUGAGACAUAAACUUGUCUGGAUCAUCUGCAUGUUUAACGGACUGUUUCCUUUCCCAUCUGUUUGAUGGUGGCUGGACCCUACCAAUAUUAGGAGAAUGUGAGCUGUCUGAACACCAGCCUGGUGGUAUUGAUGCUGGCCAGGAGACGGGGCAAGCUGUCCUUCUACCUCAAUGCCCUGAGAGAGAAGGAGUACGCUGAGAAAUACCCCGGCUGCCUGCUCAACAACUUCCACAACCUGCUGCGCUUCUGGCAGCGCCACUACCUCAACAAGGACAAGGACAGCACCUGUCUGGAGAACGUGAGUGUCCUCCCCAAUGCGCCAGCACACACACCGUUGUUACUUGAAUGCCGACUACUCUAGGGGCCGACUACUCUAGGGGCCUGACUACUCUAGGGGCCGACUACUCUAGGGGCCUGACUACUCUAGGGGCCGACUACUCUAGGGUGGUAAUUCUGUAUUAGGUCACCUGUACACUAAACCAUGUUCUGUCCUAUUGUGGUUGAGUGACUUACUUGGGUUAAAUGAAGAAGACACAUUUCUGUUGAAUGCAUUCAGUUGUGCAACUGACUAGAUAUCCCCCUUUACCUUUCUAUAUCAUUCUCUCUCCUAUCAUUCCCUCUCUCUUUCACUUAUCUUAUCGCUAUCAUUUUUAUCCUUCUUUCCUUACCUAUCUCGUAUCAUUUCUUCCUAUCAUUUUCUCUUCCUAUCACUCUAUCAUUUUAUCGCUUAUCAUUCUCUCUCCUAUCAUUCCCUCUCUCUUCCUAUCACUCUAUCAUUUUAUCGCUUAUCAUUCUCUCUCCUAUCAUUCCCUCUCUCUUCCUAUCACUCUAUCAUCUACCUAUCAUUCUCUCUCCCUAUCAUUCCCUCUCUCAUCAUCCUCUCACAUCAGUCAUUUUAUCCCUUAUCAUUCUCUCUCCUAUCAUUCCCUCUCUCUUCCUAUCACUCUAUCAUUUUAUCGCUUAUCAUUUUAUCUCCCCUCGUAUCAUUCUCUUUCUAUCAUUUUAUCUCUCCUAUCAUUAUCAUUUUAUCUCUUAUCAUUCUCGUAUUAUUCUCUCUCUCUCGUAUCAUUCUCUCUCUCGUAUUAUUCGCUCUCUCUCCUAUCAUUCUCUCUCUCUCCCUCCUUCCUAUCAUUCUCUCUCCAGCCGUAUUAUCUCUUCGCCUUCUCUCCUAUCAUUCUCUCGCAUCAUUCUCUCUCCUCCUAUCAUUCUCUCUCUCGUAUUAUUCGCUCUCUUCCUCCUAUCAUUCUCUCUCUCUCCUCCUAUCAUUCUCUCUCAUUCUGCAACAGAGCUCCUGUAUCCUCUUCACCUAUUGGAAGGAGACGGUGUCGGUUCUGUUGGACUCAGACCGGACAUCACUUUGUGCCAUAGCCAGCUACAUCGACGAGGCCUACAUGGAUCUGGGAAGAGACUUUCUGGAAGUUUAG